AUGGGACGUCAACCUCCCUUUAAACGUGGAAAACCAGACCAGGCAUGGAUUUUCAAACUAGGUGAGAGUCCAUAUGGGCGUGAUUUUUCUGAGUACAGCUCACCAGAGUGGCGAAAUCAGGUAAACUGGUCUAGUUCACUGAAUUUAGAUUCAGAUAUGCCUCAUGGUGCUGGCUUUAUAAAAACGCGUACCCAACCGAUUGUAAAAGAUUAUGACGCCAUUUUUGACACCAAAAAUAAAACCGCUCUCUGGCUUGUAAGCAACUGUAGAGCGCAAAGCAAGCGGGACUUGUAUGUCAAGAAGCUACAAGAUGGUGGCGUUGAUGUUGAUAUAUACGGCGCAUGUGGCAAAGGACGAGUGAAGGAAGCUGAAAUAAACAAGAUAAUUCCACAAUAUAAAUUUUACCUGGCCUUCGAAAACUCGUUUUGUAGCGACUAUAUAACUGAAAAGUUUUUUAAGAACUACAUCAAUGACUGGAUAUUGGUGACAAGAGGCGGUGCAGACUAUCGAAAGGUGAUUCCGACACAAACAUAUAUCAACAGUGCGGACUUUGAUUCACCCGCACAGCUAGCGGAUUAUCUGAAAGAUUUAGCGAAUGAUAGAGAUCGGUAUGUCAACUUGUUGAAGGAAAAGGACAAAUAUGAAGCUCAGUAUGGUGCUGGUUGGCCUUACUUCUUGUGUGAACUGUGUCAUAGGUUAAACCAUGUAUCCGAAUACAGACAUUCAUAUCCGAAUAUAGUUGACCAUUUGCAAAAGGACAGAUGUUUUAAUCCAACUGACAUAUAG